UAUGGCUCACUAUCGGUGGUAUCCGGCGCGUCCCGAACGUUGGUGGCCAGUUGGGGGCCAGCCAGUAAGGAAUACACUACUCUCUACCCGCAAGUCAGCCAGCCAGUCAGCCAGUGCAGAGAGGCGGCAGCAUCCACAAUGUGGCUGGUCCUCCUGCUUGUAGCCUCGGCUUAUGCUGAAGCUACCAACUACAGAUCGGAGUUGGUGGAUCCUGCUUGGGAGGAGGUGUUCACAGCAGGCGGUCUCCACGUUGGCGGAGGACGCACCAAGAGAUUCGUCGAGCUUUCUGAUAACCAGCCCAACGUUCCGUUUCAAGCUUGUGUCCUGCCUAACGGGAAGCCGGGUCACUGUCGCCACCUACACCACUGCAUCCAAGACGACUACAAACAUGACUUUAUCAAGUUCAUGGACUAUCUCUGCAUCAUCAACCGCUCGUCUGUAGGCGCGUGCUGUCCUGACGAUGGGGUCCCGGGGCAGGCGGCAGGCCUGGCGGGGGACCUUCCCGCCACCGCGCCGCGGGAGGAGCCCGACGAAGCCAUGCUCAAGAUCGCCCGCGCCGAGAACAGAGGUUGCGGGCUAAGCACGCGUGCGUCAGGCCGCGUGGUGGGCUCGCGGCCCGCCAACCCACGCGAGUGGCCGUGGAUGGCGAGCGUCAUCCCUGAAGGCUUCGAGCAGUACUGCGGCGGCGUCCUCAUCACCGACCGGCAUGUCCUCACAGCUGCGCAUUGCACGCGAAGAUGGAAGGCCGAUGAGCUAUACGUGACUCUAGGCGAGUACGACAUGAACCGCAGCAACGACUCCCGAACCUACAACUUCAAGGUGGUGGAGAAGAUCCAGCACGAGCAGUUCGACCCGUCCAACUACCAUAAUGAUGUAGCCAUCCUGAAGCUGCACCGGCCUGCCGUCUUCAACACCUACGUCUGGCCCAUCUGCCUCCCGCCGCUGGGACUCGACCUCACUAACCAAUCCGCCAUCAUUAUUGGUUGGGGCACCCAAUGGUACGGCGGACCUCACAGUCCUGUGUUGAUGGAGGUGUCGGUGCCGAUAUGGGACCACAAGACUUGUGUGGAUUCCUUCACAGACUCCAUAUUCGAUGAGACUCUUUGCGCUGGCGGCCACGAAGGCGGAAAGGAUGCUUGCCAGGGCGACAGCGGAGGCCCGUUGAUGUACCAGAUGGAGAGCGGGCGGUGGACGACCAUCGGCGUGGUGUCGUGGGGCAUCCGCUGCGGUGAGGCCUCGCACCCCGGCCUUUACGCCCGCGUCGACAAGUACCUCAGCUGGAUCGUACGCAACGCACGCUUCUAAACCACAUUGUACGCUAGAGGCCAUUUUGUUGGGCAUAGUUCUAUCUUCAAUAAUUGUAGAUAUAUACUUUAGUACCAUGUCGGAUUAUAAUUUGACAAAUUGAAUCCAAUUUCUCAUUACCCAA